AUGACAGUUAUGAUUUAUAGGCAGUGUACAGAAGGUGCAAAUGGUGAUGAGGUUUUAGCUGACACAAAUAAAGAAUGUAAACAUGAUUAUCGAUUGGAUGAACAAAUUGGAAUAUACUGCCGUACAUGCGGCUUUGUGAAAACUGAGAUACGAUACAUUUCUGAACCCAUUGUGGAAAGGCUAAAAUGGUACGAACAGAAGAAACAACGCAGUGAAGAUACGGAACAAGUUGAUGAAGAUGUUAAUAAUGAUACGUUCUCAACUGAUGCUACUGAUCUUGGUGAACCAAUAUCCAAAGAAAAUGAUAGUGUUUGGGAAUUGAUUCCUGAACUCAAAGAAAACAUGCAUGCACACCAGAAAAAAGCUUUUGAAUUUCUCUGGAAGAACAUUGCAGGGUCUAUGGAGCAAUCACUCAUGGAAGAAAAAUCUAACACAAGUGGUGGCUGUGUUAUAUCUCAUGCUCCUGGAGCUGGAAAAACCUUUCUCAUCAUCUCUUUUCUUGUAAGCUAUUUGAAAUUAUUUCCAGAGAAAAGACCAUUGGUCCUAGCUCCAAAGACCACACUCUACACAUGGCAAAAAGAGUUCGAAAAAUGGAAUAUUCCCAUGCCGGUGUAUCUUAUCCACAGCAGUCAAACCCAGAGACAUUCGAUGACACCAAAAUCAGUGGUUCUACCUGGAGUUUCAAAUUCUAAUGGUGUCAAGCAUGAUUUUGAUUGUCUACAAAAGAUCAAAAGCUGGAAUUCACACCCUAGUGUUCUUGUCAUGGGCUAUUCCUCAUUUUUAGCCUUAAUGAGAACAGAAGAUAAAAAAAAUUCACACAGAAAGCGCACGGCUAAAGCAUUGAGGGAAAGUCCCGGACUCUUGAUACUUGAUGAGGGACACAAUCCUAGAAGUACCACAUCAAAGUUGAGGAAGUGCUUAAUGGAUCUACCAGCAGCAUUGAGAAUUUUACUUUCUGGCACUUUGUUUCAAAACAAUUUUGGGGAAUACUUCAACACUCUCUGUUUAGCCAGACCAAAAUUUAUUCACGAAGUUCUGGAAGAGUUAGAUUCUAAGUACAGAAGAGGCAAACUAGAGGAGGAAGUGCCUCAUUUACUAGAGGCACGCGCGAGAAAAUUCUUCUUGGAGAACAUUGAAAAGAAAAUUAACUCAAAUAUUGAUGCGGAAAAAAUGAAGGGUAUAGAUGUGCUUCGAAAAAUCACAAAUGGUUUUAUCGAUGUUUAUGACGGUGGAAGUUCUUCUGAUACUCUUCCCGGUUUGCAAAUCUAUACAUUGCUCGUGAAUGCAUCCGAUGAACAACACGAGAUUGUGCAGAAACUGCAAAAGAAAAUGGUGGGCAGUACCGGUUACUCUCUUGAGGUUGAGCUUUUGAUAACACUCGGGUCAAUACAUCCAUGGUUGAUCAAAACAGCAGAAUCAUGUGCAGCUAAGUUUUUCUCCGAAGAAGAGUUAGAAAGACUAGAACAAAACAAAUUUGCUUUGAGAAAAGGUUCCAAAGUAAGAUUUGUUUUGAGCCUAAUCUCACGUGUGAUGAGAAAGGAAAAGGUUCUCAUCUUCUGUCACAACCUUGCACCAGUGAGGUUUUUGAUAGAGUUAUUUGAGAAUCAUUUUCGGUGGAAAAAUGGUAAAGAGAUUCUGCAACUAACUGGUGAACAAGACUUCUUUGAAAGAACGAACGUGAUAGAUAAAUUUGAAGAUCGUUGUGGCGAUUCAAAGAUACUUCUUGCUUCAAUCAAUGCUUGUGCUGAAGGUAUCAGUUUAACAGCAGCUUCAAGAGUGAUUUUUUUGGAUUCUGAGUGGAAUCCUUCAAAAACAAAGCAAGCUAUUGCACGCGCUUUUCGACCUGGUCAGGAGAAAAUGGUUUAUGUGUAUCACUUGUUGAUGACUGGAUCCAUGGAGGAAGAUAAGUACAGAAGAACUACUUGGAAAGAGUGGGUUUCUUGUAUGAUUUUCAGUGAGGAGCUUGUUGAAGAUCCUUCCAAAUGGCAAGCUGAGAAAAUUGAAGAUGACAUACUCAGAGAGAUGGUUGAAGAGGACAAGUCCAAACUUAUUCAUAUGAUCAUGAAGAAUGAAAAGACUUCAACAAGCUAAUCAAAGGUAACAAACAAAAUUUAAUAUUUGUCAUUCUCUUUAUUUUUUUCUUGGGUGAAACUUUUUAUCACACCUAAUACUAUUGUCUAUAUUAAUUCUAUCUUAAGGACUAUUUAAGUAUAUGAUUAUAAAUAUCACAUUAAAGUAUAUGUA